AUGGAUGUAGCGACUAGUGAGCCGCUGCCGAACGCAUCUCCGGUAGUCGAAGGGGAAGCAAGAAGGGCUCCACAUGCAGGGAAGAGGAUCAAAAUCCUCAAACGGUCGUUUGCCGACACCACAACGGCCUCCUCCAUGUCUGACGAUGUUAACAUGUCGGAAGAGAAUGAUGCCGACUGGCUGGAGGAGGAGUUGACGGUACAGUCGGAUUCGGAAUCGGAAGAUGUUAGGGAAGGGAUUCCGGUGGUUAAGUUCUCUAAGGCAGAAAAGGAAGAUAUGGCAAGGGCCUGGAAGAGAGCCCUAAUCAUUAAGUAUCUAGGGAAACCUCCAGCUUUUCCAAUCUUGCAACAGAGGCUCCUGCGAAUGUGGAACAUCGCGGGGAAAAUCGAGAUGCUUGAUAUGGGAUCGAGUUGUUACGUGGUUCGUUUUGCACUGGCGGCAGAAUAUAAGCAUGUUCUCCUGGGAGGACCUUGGAAGCUGUUUAAUUGCUAUGUCAUUCCCCAAAGGUGGCGGCCAGAUUUCGAUCCACUCAUGGCAAAAAUGGAGAAGAUGGCGGUGUGGGUACGUUUUCCGGGACUCCCGCCGGAGUACUUCCGUGAGAAGUAUAUUAAGAAAAUUCUUAAGUUUAUUGGCAAUCCUAUCAAGUUGGACAAAACCACUGAUGGUGUUGAGCGAAUAAAGUAUGCUAGAGCAGCGGUCGAGAUCGACCUGCUGAAACCGCUUGUCUCGAAUAUCUGGGUAGGAGAGCGGAUUCAACGGGUUGAGUUCGAGGGCUUACACGCGAUCUUUUUUUAUUGCGGGGAAGUAGGCCAUGUCUCUGCGAAGUGUCCAACACGAAAGGCGGCUGAGGGUGAUGCGCAAUCAACGCCGGAGUCUGAAGUUCCGAUGGAGGUUGCAGAAGGGAGAGAAGCCCCAGCAGAAAAAGUUCAUGAAAAAUAUAGAUCUUGGAUGCUCGUCACGAAGAAAAACGCUAAGCCCCCUCACAUCACCAACCAUUCGGAUCCUAAGAGAAAGACAAAGCCGCCUAAAUCUAAGGAACGACAUAGCAAAAAGAAAGGUGUGGCGAAUGAGGGGGUUCGUCAUGCAGAGAUCCAAUCUGCCAAUCUAGAGGAUAAGGUAAGUGACUCUCCCCCUACUUUGCCAGUGAGUAAUGGGUUUUCGGUGUUGCAGAAUAUGGAGGAACUGCAUGAGACUCCGGUCUUCGUUGAAGGGGAGUCUAGCAGGUCUGCCUUGCGUACCGCCACCAAAAUGCCACUACAAAAAGGGAGGAAAAACAAAGGCAAUAAGCAAUCCGCUGCUCUUGGCCAAAAGUCGAGAGACAAGACCGCUACGCAAGGUCUCACUCUGAUGGGAACCUCAGGCAGACAAGUUUCGACAGCGGCAGCCAACUCCUCUCAUGAUAUGCACCAGCCGACGAGCACCACUUUGGGAGAUCUCCCUCUGUUAGUUCAAGAAGCUAGAACCAGUGCCUUUGUGUUUGGAUCAGUUCUGGGUAAUCUACGUAAUGCUCAGGUUGUGGGAGGUUUAUCUCCAGUGACGAAUAGCGGGAAGACGCAGAAGGGGGGCGGUGGCCAAACCCCCUUGUCUCGGGCUCCCGGUCAAUGA